AAAAAAAAAAAAAGUCGAGUCCACAUAUCUCAGUUAGGGCCCCAGGCUUUCUGAGUCAAUCUGCAUUUUAACAAGAUCCCCAGGAGAUUUGAGAGUAUGUUGCAAUGAGAGUGAGAAGCACUAGGUUAGAGUAAGCCACCUUCCCUCCCUCACUCUAGGUUAGAGUGAGCCUCCUUCGCGUCAGUUUUCCUAACCGAAAUAAAAAUCGAGGGGCUAGAAUACCUUUGGCUUCUUUUCCAGUGCUAACACAUUGGGAGCUAGACCUUUGGUGUGACCAUCUGUAGGGCUAUCAGUUCCUCUCCUCUUCUGUCUGCUUUACCCCUCCUCUCUGUUGGAGGUGCACAAUUUCGCAGGUCCUGGGAUACAGCACAUGUAAUUCAAUCUGCUUCAACAACAUAGAUUGAGUUCCUUCUGUGUACCAGGGUCUGCAGCAGUGGAUCUCCACCCUGGCUGUAUAUUAGAAUCAUCUGGGUUGCUCUGUAAACUCCCGAUGCCUGGGUUCCACCCCAGGCCAGUGGAACUGGAGUUUUUGGGGGCGAGGCUGGGCAUAAGUAUUUAUUAACAUGCUUGGACCAUUACAAUGCACAGCCAGCUUGAGAUUGGUCAGAAGUGAGAAACAAGGCUACUGUAAGACCUACCCAGGCCUGUCCCCCAUUCCUGCUUCCUUCUCUUAGGCCGGCCAGCUCCAGCAGGUCGGGCUGCAAGUCAGGAGAAAUCACUGGGAAAUCCCCUGGAUAUAGUAACACAUGACAGCACCAUCGAAUUAAUCAUCAACCUUGUAACGUGAUCUCUGGCCCAUAAAAACCAGACCUGCUGAAUCUUUGGUAAACUGUCCACUAGACUUCUCCAGGCAGUUCCUUCUAGACCUGGGGACCUACGCCCGAGGACCUUAGACUGAUGGGUGCUCAGCUCUGCUUCGAGGCCAACGCCAAGGCGCCCCGGGAGGCACUUCGCUUCCAUGCCGAGACCAAGGGCGCGCAGGUGCGUCUGGACACGCGUGGCUGCACCGCGCACAGGCGCGCCACGUUCCACGACGGCAUCGUGUUCAGCCAGCGGCCCGUGCGCCUGGGCGAGCCCGUGGUGCUGCGCCUUCUGCGGGAGGAGAGCGGCUGGUGCGGCGGCCUCCGCGUGGGCUUCACGCGCCUGGACCCCGCGUGCGUGUCCGUGCCCAGCCUGCCGCCCUUCGUGUGCCCCGACCUGGAGGAGCAGAGCCCGACGUGGGCGGCCGUACUGCCUGAGGGCUGCGCGCUCGUGGGGGACGUGGUCCGCUUCUGGGUGGACCGCCGCGGCCGCCUCUUCGCCAAGGUCAACGCCGGCUGCAGGUUCCUGCUGCGCGAGGGUGUGCCCGUGGGCGCCCCGCUCUGGGCCGUGAUGGACGUGUACGGGACCACCAAGGCCAUCGAGCUGCUGGAUCCCACAGCCAGCCGGCUCCCAACAGCCAUGCCGUGGGACCUCAGCAACAAGGCUGUGGCUGAGCCCAAAGCCACACCAGGAGAAGAGUGUGCCAUCUGCUUCUAUCACGCUGCCAACACCUGCCUUGUGCCCUGCGGCCACACAUACUUCUGCAGAUGCUGUGCCUGGCGGGUCUUCAGGGAUACGGCCAAGUGCCCUGUGUGCCGCUGGCAGAUCGAGGCGGUAGCCCCCGCGCAGGGCCCUCCUGCUCUGAGGACUGAGGAAGGCUCAUGAGAGGAGGCUUCCCAGUAUGAGUGGCAGCCCAGGCCUAGAUCUGAGUCCGGUUCCUGCAGAGGAAGGAGGCGCAGCCCUACCUUCUUUCUAGGGAAGAGUCAGAAGGGCUGAUUAGCAAGAGGUGUGGCAGAGAGAGGAAGUCAGGGAGGUGCUGUCUGCUCCCUCCACCUGUUUCACAACAGGGGAGCAAGGAAAAACCCCUUUCUGUCCAUGCCAGAGCUAUCCUUCUGAUGGGUUGCUUUGUUUAGAGACAGGGUGGCCCAAUCCCGUGUUUUAUAGCUGAGGGAGUUCAGGUAUCUGUCGUGUCUGGUGAAGCCCUGUACCUCCUGGGUACUGAAGAACCUGGACUUGAAGCAGGAGGUAUCUACAUGGAAUGCGUCAAGUUCCACGUGGAAGCUGGGUUGCCUCCCACAAGUCCCCGGUAGAGUGGAUCUGUAGUUACCUGCCCUGCCUCCCUUUGAGGGUGGGCGCGAGGUCCCAGCGAGACCAGGCAUCUGAAGAUGAUUUAUAACGUGAACGUGUAUUGUUGUCACUGUGGUAAUUUCCUUGCCAGUUUCUGAGAUAUCAAAAUAAAGUUUGUGUUUCCUGAAUGA